CGGAUCGUUGCACCACACUGUCCGUCAAGUUGGUAUGAUCUCCACAAUCGAACCACCAUGACAGAAGUGUUGUUACCAACUAAAAUACCAACCUUCAGUAGCAUUUUCACUAGAUACGCACCUAGGAAGUCCAGUUUGGUUAAGGAUUACAGGCCUGUUCAACAGAAGAACACACAGUUUAAUCUCCUGAAACUCCCAAAUGAGUUGAUAGAACUUAUCACAGAUGAGCUUACCUUCAAUCAAAACCUAGUUAUCAGCUCGUUGAAUCGCAGGUUGCGUUUGUUAGCUUAUAAAAAGUUAUUCCGUCAUACCAAAUUCCACGGACCUAUUGACGAUAGUAGUUUGAAUCUGAUAGGUAAAUACAUUCGACAUCUUACUGUCACUUUCGAUCCCAAAGAACUACCGCAAUUACACAACUUAAGAGCGAUAGAAUAUUUAUCAAAUGAUCCAUUAACUAGUUCAUCUUUGGGACAAUUCGCGUUAACAUCCAAGUUAAUUUCACUCACUUUGGACAUCACAAUAGUGCAUCCAUCAAGGGACUUCCAUUUACCAACGAAACUGAAACAUUUAAAGUUGUCUUUUAGAGACGACAAGGAUGUUCAUGGUAAUGAACCACCCGAUAAUAUGGAAGAUUAUACGGAAGAUCAAAUCUGGUUCACAAUCGUCCUAAUGUCGAAGCUAGUUCAAAUAAAUUCCGCUACGCUAGAAACAUUGCAUUUGAAGUUGCUUUUACCUAUUGAUACGCUAUCAAACGCCUCAUGGCCAAAUCUCAAAGAGUUGAGUGUUGUUAGGAGUUUUCCUAAUAACAAUUUCAUACUGUUCCUUACAAGGGCACCAAAACUUGAAACUUUAAUUAUACAUGGCAGACCUAACAAUAGUCAUUGGAUUACACACUCCAGCGAUUGCUUCAAUGGUCAUAAAUUACUUGGAUCACUCAAACAUCUCACUUUAGCUGCGAAACCGGUUGAAGAUGAUCAGCUGUUUAGUCAUCUGAACACAUCGCUUGAAUCGUUCACAAUUGAAGAUCAAUUGAGUACAAGGUCGUCUCACAUAAUACUUGAUAAUUUGAGAGGCAUUAAAUUACAAGUGUUGAGGAUCGAACCACUAGUAACCUCAUUAGAUUGGCUAAUGGCAGUAACUGAUACUCUACCUACUCUCCGAGAGCUUCAUAGUAAGUUUUCAAAACUUAGGAAGUUACGAAACGAGUCUCUAGAAAUGUACAUUGAAGUUUUGGCUAGAUUUAGGCAACUAGACACACUUAGUUUAGGUUGGGAUCUAGAUGAAGAGUCUGACGAACCAUACACAAUAAUUGAAAGGGAUAUUACAAUGAAAAAGACAGAAUUUUACAACAAUCUUGCAUUUAUUAGUGCUAAAAAUAAAAAGCCAGGAUUAAACAAUAUCUUAUCACCAUCUGAAUCGUCAAGCUCAUUAACACAGACACGUAAAUCAUCAUAUGAUUCACAAGUUACAUAUAUGUCCUCAACAUCACUGUCCGAUCUUAGCUCAUUUGAUUUUACAUCACCACAUUCGGGUUCUGAUGUAACAGUUGACACAUUGCGCGAUGAAAUACGUACUCAAUGGAAUAGAAGGUCAAACGAUCGUUACUGGAAUUUCAUUGAAACGCUAUCUAAGCGUAUGACUACACUUAAAUCAGUCAAUUUGAAACGCUAUAAUGCAUCUGGUGAUCGUGAGGAGAUCACUUUCACAUUAGACAAUGGUAGAAUAAAAUCUGGUAAUUGGAUACCAGCACUUGGAUUCCCAAGUAAAUCUCAAGCAUUUUCGCUUUAAGGGUAUUGAGAUUUUUCAUACUUUAACGACACUACUCACUCUCACGUUUACUGCAUCAAUUUUCAAUUUGUAUACUCACUUCUACAUUAAAAGAUAUCAAUAAUUAAUGACAUUGUAAAAAUGAAACGACAUAUGAUUUAUCCAUU